AUGCGGACUCCUCGAACGCACCCUCCCCGCCUGGCCCUGCUGCUUCUGCUGCUGCUCCUGGGGGGCGCCCACAGCCUCUUUCCCGAAGAACCACCGCCGCUCAGUGUGGCCCCCAGAGACUACCUGAACCACUAUCCCGUGUUCGUGGGCAGUGGACCUGGACGCCUGACGCCCACAGAGGGUGCUGACGACCUCAACAUACAGAGGGUUCUGCGGGUCAACAGGACGCUGUUUAUUGGAGACAGGGAUAACCUGUACCGGGUGGAACUGGAGCCGCCCACUUCCACUGAGCUGCGCUACCAGCGGAAGCUGACCUGGCGAUCUAACCCCAGUGACAUCGACGUGUGUCGAAUGAAAGGCAAGCAAGAGGGUGAGUGCCGAAACUUCGUAAAGGUGCUUCUACUUCGGGAUGAGUCCACGCUCUUCGUGUGCGGCUCUAACGCCUUCAACCCAGUGUGCGCCAACUACAGCAUAGAUACCCUGCAGCCUCUUGGGGAUAACAUCAGUGGCAUGGCCCGCUGCCCUUAUGACCCCAAACAUGCCAAUGUCGCCCUAUUCUCUGAUGGAAUGCUCUUCACAGCCACUGUUACUGACUUCUUAGCCAUUGAUGCUGUCAUCUACCGCAGCCUUGGGGACCGGCCCACCCUACGCACCGUGAAACACGACUCCAAGUGGUUCAAAGAGCCAUACUUUGUCCAUGCAGUGGAGUGGGGCAACCACGUCUACUUCUUCUUCCGGGAGAUUGCAAUGGAGUUUAACUACUUGGAGAAGGUGGUGGUGUCCCGCGUGGCCCGAGUAUGCAAGAAUGACGUGGGAGGCUCCCCCCGUGUGCUGGAGAAGCAGUGGACGUCCUUCCUGAAAGCACGGCUCAACUGCUCUGUUCCUGGGGACUCCCACUUCUACUUUAACGUGCUACAGGCUGUCACAGGCGUGGUCAGCCUGGGGGGCCGGCCCGUGGUCCUCGCAGUCUUUUCUACACCCAGCAACAGCAUCCCUGGCUCGGCUGUCUGCGCCUUUGACAUGACACACGUGGCUGCUGUGUUUGAAGGCCGCUUCCGUGAGCAGAAGUCCCCUGAAUCCAUCUGGACACCUGUACCGGAAGAUCAGGUGCCUCGGCCCCGGCCUGGGUGCUGUGCUGCUCCCGGCAUGCAGUACAACGCCUCCAGCGCCUUGCCUGAUGACAUUCUCAACUUCGUCAAGACCCACCCCCUGAUGGAUGAGGCUGUGCCCUCCCUAGGCCAUGGGCCCUGGAUUGUGCGGACGCUGAUGCGGCACCAGUUGACACGUGUGGCCGUGGAUGUGGGUGCUGGCCCCUGGGGCAACCAGACUGUCGUCUUCCUGGGUUCCGAGGCAGGCACUGUCCUCAAGUUUCUUGUCCGGCCCAAUGCCAGCGCUUCAGGGACUGCUGGGCCCAGUGUCUUUCUAGAGGAGUUUGAGACCUAUCGGCCAGACAGGUGUGGUCGGUCUGGUGGUGGUGAGAUAGGGCAGCGGCUGCUGAGCCUGGAGCUGGACACAGCCUCAGGGGGCCUGCUGGCGGCCUUUCCCCGCUGUGUGGUCCGUGUGCCUGUGGCCCGCUGCCAGCAGCACUCAGGGUGUAUGAAGAACUGUGUUGGCAGCCAGGACCCCUACUGCGGGUGGGCUCCCGACGGCUCCUGUAUCUUUCUUAGCCCUGGCACCAGAGUCACCUUUGAGCAGGAUGUGUCUGGGGCCAGCACCUCAGGCUUAGGGGACUGCACAGGGCUCCUUCGGGCAAGCCUCUCCGAGGAGCGUGCCGGGCUGGUGUCUGUGAACCUGCUGGUGACCUCGUCAGUGGCCGCCUUCGUAGUGGGCGCCGUGGUGUCCGGCUUCAGUGUGGGCUGGUUUGUAGGUCUCCGGGAACGGCGUGAGCUGGCCCGCCGCAAGGACAAGGAGGCCAUCCUGGCCCAUGGGGGUGGCGAGGCAGUGCUGAGUGUGAGCCGACUGGGGGAGCGCCGGUCAGCUGGCCCUGGGGGUCGGGGUGGUGGGGCUGGUGGGGCUGGUGGGGUUGGGGGCCCCCCUGAGGCGCUGCUGGCACCCCUCAUGCAGAAUGGGUGGGCCAAAGCCACGCUGCUGCAGGGCGGCCCCCACGACCUGGACUCGGGGCUGCUACCCACACCAGAGCAGACUCCACUGCCCCAGAAGCGCCUGCCCACCCCGCACCCCCACCCUCAUGCCCUGGCCUCCCGUGGCUGGGACCAUGGCCACCCCCUGCUCUCCGCCUCCGCCUCUUCCUCUCUGCUGCUGCUGGCCCCCACCCGAGUCCCAGAGCAGCCCCCUGCACCGGGAGAGCCGGCCCCCGACACCCGCCUCUAUGCUGCGCGGCCUGGCAGAGCCUCCCACAGCGACUUCCCGCUCACCCCUCAUGCCAGCCCGGACCGCCGGCGAGUGGUGUCAGCACCCACGGGCCCCUUGGACCCAACCACAGCCUCUGACAGCCACCCUCGGCCCUGGAGCCCACCCCCGACGGGCAGCCUCCGGAGACCAGGGCCCCAUGCCCCGCCAGCCACCGCCCUGCGCCGCACGCACACGUUCAACAGUGGCGAGGGCAGGCCCGGGGAACGACACCGUGGCUGCCAUGCCCGGCCAAGUACGGACUUGGCCCACCUCCUCCCCUAUGGGGGGGCGGACAGGACUGCACCCCCGGUGCCCUAGGCAUGGGCCCUCCCACCACCUUGGCAGUGCCAGCCACGGGAACCAGGAGCGACAGACGGCGCAAGAACGCCAGGCCCUGGCCAGCUCCGAGUGGGUGCUUAAGACCCCCACCCCACCUGCGUGGGGGGCCCCCUCCGCCACACGGAAGCACAACGAGCUCGCCCUCCCCCCACCCGGGGCACAGGACACUGAGAUGG